GCGAUGAAAGUACUCAUGUCACAGUGCUGGGCUGAAAACCCAAAGGAACGACCCCAGCUAGUGACGGUGAAGAAGGAUCUCAAAGGUUUCAGACGUUUUGGUGCUUCCGGCAAUUUCUUCAACAACCUUCUCCGUCGUAUGGAGCAGUACGCCAACAAUCUGGAGAAGUUGGUGGAUGAGAAGACUCACAGAGUACGAGAGGAGAAGAAGAGGACUGAUGAACUUCUCCACCAGAUCAUUCCAAAGUCUGUUGCUAACCAGCUGAAACUCGGUAAAAGAGUGAAACCCGAUUCAUUUGAGUCAGUGACCGUGUGUUUCACGGAUAUCUGCGGUUUUACCACCCUGUCUGCUCGAUCCACACCCAUGCAGAUUGUUGAUCUCCUUAACGACCUGUAUUCCUGCUUCGACGACAUCAUCGACGGAUACGACGUUUACAAAGUUGAAACAAUCGGUGAUGCUUACAUGGUUGUCUCUGGAUUGCCAGUUCGGAACGGAGAUCGCCAUGCGCCCGAGAUCUCCCGAAUGUCUCUGUCCCUCCUCCGGGCUAUUGACACCAUCAAGAUCCUGCACUUGCCUGAAGAAAAACUCCGUCUCCGAGUCGGCAUCCAUUCUGGGCCCGUGUGUGCCGGUGUCGUAGGGCAGAAGAUGCCCCGAUACUGUCUGUUUGGUGACACAGUUAUCACUGCUUCUCGGAUGGAAUCUCACGGAGAGGCUUGUAAAAUCCACAUAAGUGUGGAUACUAAGAAUAUCUUGGAUCGAUGUGGUAUCUUUAUCAUCGGCUCGCGUGGAAGUAUUGAUGUCAAGGGCUUGGGUUCCAUGAACACAUACUGGUUACUUGGAGAGAAAAUAUGGAAUAGAUGA